CUGCAUUCAAAGUCAGAUUUUGCAUUUAUUUGGCUGCUCAGCGGAGCGGGCAGAUGUUCCUGUUCUCAGAGGUUCAGUAGCCAAGCAGGUUCUUCCAUCUCAAAAGCUACUUUUUGAGAUAGGAGAGUGACUGGCUCUUCCCUGCCUCUCAGCUGACUUUCUGCUCACCGGUUGGGCCAUGGGGAGCCUACGGUUGAUCCUGGUGAUCUUUGUCUUACUCUCCCACAUUCCACCAGUCAGAAGUGGAAUGAAUAUUUACAUAAAGCGACUUUUCUCUUCGUGCUGGGUAGCAAAAGGCGUCUGCAGGUCUUCAUGUUCAGGAGAAGAAUUUUUUCACAUUCUCUGUGGUACUCAUUACGUCUGCUGCAUAAACAAAAAGGACAUGCCCACUCUCUUUGUGAAGUAGCUGCCACGGUUAGGUUUGGUAGACCCGUGUGCCAUUGUGGACCCAGCGAUGUAACGCCAGUCUUUCAAAUUCCAAUUCUCACCUAUAUUAUUACUUCUUAUUCUGGAUCCCUACUAGUGUUUUCCAUCCCCCACCCAGCC